AUGAAGUAUUUAUUUCCACUGCUGGUACCGGACUGGGCUGCACUUGGCCACAUACUGGGCAGCUGGAGGUGGUGGAAGGCUCUGGGUAUCGAAGGGAGUCAACUUGGGAACUACAGGACCGAAGGGUACACCGCCCUCCAUGUGGCUUGUAGAACAGAACUGGCUUGUGCUAAAGCCCUACUGCAGGGCCCAAAAUGGGCGCCUCAGAACCUCCAAGCUGCAGAAUUGGAAAGCCCUUAUUACCGGCCUCGUUCACCCAGCCCUCAUACCCGCGGCCGUUCAUCCCCGGCCCUUGUACCCAGCCCUCAUACCCAGCCUCGUACCGGGCCCUUGUACCCAGCCCUCAUACCCCGGCCCCUGUGUAACCCGGCCUGUGUACCAGCCCUUAAUACCAGCCCUCGUACCAGCCCUUGUUACCUCAGCCCUCGCAUCCCGGGCCUGUGCUACCCGGCCCUUAUACCCAGCGCCUGCGUACGCCAGCCCUCCGUCACCGGCCCUUGUACCCAGCCCUCAUACCCGCCCUCGUACCGGCCCUCAUUACCCAGCCUCAUCCCAGCCUACUCUCACCCAGCCCUCGUUACUCCCGCCCUCGUUUCACCGCGCCUUAUACCCAGCCCCUCCAUACCCGGCCCUGGUGUUACCGGCCCUUUCAUACCCAGCCCUCUACGCCAGCCCGCGUACCGGCCUCGGUACCCAGCCCUCAUUAUCCUCGGACCCUCCGACCCGGCCCUUCGAUACCCAGCCCUCGAUGACCGGCCCUCAAUACCCGGCCCUGCACUGGGCUGCACUUGGCCACAUACUGGGCAGCUGGAGGUGGUGGAAGGCUCUGGGUAUCGAAGGGAGUCAACUUGGGAACUACAGGACCGAAGGAUCCGGCCCUCGUACCCGGCCCUUGUACCCGGCCCUUAUACCCAGCCCUUGUACCCGGCCUUGUACCCGGCCUUCAUACCAGCCCUAAUACCCGGCCGUACCAGCCCUCUGUACCCGGCCCUCGUACCCAGCCCUCAUUACCCGGCCUUGUACCAGCCCUUGUACCCAGGCCCUCAUACCCGGCCCUUGUUACCAGCCUUGUUACCCGGCCCUCGUACCCAGCCCCUUCAUACCUGGCCCUCGUACCAGCCCCAUACCUGGCCCUGCGUACCAGCCCUUCAUACCCCGGGCCCUCGUACCAGCCCUUUACCCGGCCCUACGUACCCAGCCCUGCUGAUACCGGGCCCUCGUACCCAGCCCUUAUACCGGCCCUCGUACCCAGCCCUAUAUAACCUGGCCCUCAUACCCGGCACCUUUCGUACCCACCCUCAAUCCCGGCCCUUGUACCCAGCCCUUAUACCCGGCCCUCGUACCCAGCCUUAUACCUUGGCCCUCAUAAACCCGGCCCUUGUACCCACGCCUAUAUACCCAGCCCCUCUAUACUCCCGGCCCUAUGUUACCCAGCCCUUAUACCCAGCCUAUACCCGGCCCUCAGUACCCAGCCGCCUUAUACCUGGCCCCUCGUACCCAGCCCUUUAUACCCGCCCUAUAACCCGGCGCCCUUGGUACCCAGCCCUUAUUACCGGCCUCGUUCACCCAGCCCUCAUACCCGCGGCCGUUCAUCCCCGGCCCUUGUACCCAGCCCUCAUACCCAGCCUCGUACCGGGCCCUUGUACCCAGCCCUCAUACCCCGGCCCCUGUGUAACCCGGCCUGUGUACCAGCCCUUAAUACCAGCCCUCGUACCAGCCCUUGUUACCUCAGCCCUCGCAUCCCGGGCCUGUGCUACCCGGCCCUUAUACCCAGCGCCUGCGUACGCCAGCCCUCCGUCACCGGCCCUUGUACCCAGCCCUCAUACCCGCCCUCGUACCGGCCCUCAUUACCCAGCCUCAUCCCAGCCUACUCUCACCCAGCCCUCGUUACUCCCGCCCUCGUUUCACCGCGCCUUAUACCCAGCCCCUCCAUACCCGGCCCUGGUGUUACCGGCCCUUUCAUACCCAGCCCUCUACGCCAGCCCGCGUACCGGCCUCGGUACCCAGCCCUCAUUAUCCUCGGACCCUCCGACCCGGCCCUUCGAUACCCAGCCCUCGAUGACCGGCCCUCAAUACCCGGCCCUGCGUACCGGCCCUCGUACUCUUAUUGUUCUGCGGUUUUCCUCUCUGACAUUAACACUGCGCCAGCGACUUGUUCUGCCCAAAGAUUUCCUGCCACUUAUCGGCCUGCCAGAGAGCCGCCACGACUGGAAGACCCCGUACAUCGGGCGUGAGAUGGACGGGCUGUUGCUUCACCCAUCUAGCUUGUUGCGUAGCGCCAGACGCUGA